AUGAAGAAGAUGAAAGGAAGUAGCUUUCGAUUCUACGCCGCUCUCUUCCUCUGUUUCCUCUCUUUCUCCUUAUCUCGCGCCUUCUAUCUCCCCGGAGUCGCUCCUCGCGAUUUCCAAAAGGGUGAUCCUCUAUAUGUAAAAGUGAACAAAUUGUCUUCUACGAAGACCCAACUUCCUUAUGACUACUACUACCUGAAUUACUGUAAGCCUAGUAAGAUCUUGAACAAUGCUGAAAAUUUGGGGGAGGUUCUCAGAGGAGACCGCAUUGAGAAUUCGGUUUAUACUUUUCAAAUGCUUGAGGAUCAGCCUUGCAAAGUAGGUUGCCGUGUGAAACUUGACGCUGAGUCCACUAAAAAUUUCAAGGAAAAGAUUGAUGAUGAAUACCGGGCUAACAUGAUUCUUGAUAAUCUUCCAGUAGCUGUUCUUAGACAAAGGAGAGAUGGAAGUCAGUCAACUACUUAUGAACACGGUUUCCGUGUUGGCUUCAAAGGAAGUUAUGAAGGAAGCAAAGAAGAGAAAUAUUUUAUCCAUAAUCACUUGAGCUUCCGAGUUAUGUACCACAGAGAUCAAGAGUCUGAUUCAGCUAGAAUUGUUGGAUUUGAGGUUACUCCUAACAGUAUCUUGCAUGAGUACAAGGAGUGGGAUGAGAAAAAUCCUCAGCUAACAACGUGCAACAAGGACACAAAGAAUCUAAUCCAAAGCAGUACUGUUCCUCAAGAAGUUGAAAAAGGAAAAGAAAUUGUGUUUACAUAUGAUGUCUCAUUUAAGGAGAGUGAAAUCAAAUGGGCUUCUCGGUGGGACACUUACCUCCUCAUGAACGAUGAUCAGAUCCACUGGUUUUCCAUCAUAAAUUCACUUAUGAUUGUCCUUUUCCUCUCUGGAAUGGUAGCCAUGAUCAUGAUGAGAACUCUGUACAAGGAUAUCUCAAACUACAAUCAGCUUGAGACCCAAGAUGAGGCUCAGGAAGAAACCGGAUGGAAACUUGUACACGGAGAUGUCUUCAGGCCACCAGUGAACUCUGGGUUACUGUGUGUUUAUGUUGGUACAGGUGUUCAGAUCUUCGGAAUGUCGCUUGUUACAAUGAUGUUUGCAUUGUUGGGUUUCUUAUCUCCAUCCAACAGAGGAGGGCUUAUGACUGCCAUGGUUCUCUUGUGGGUUUUCAUGGGCAUAUUCGCUGGUUACUCCUCCUCUCGCCUUCACAAAAUGUUCAAAGGAAACAAGUGGAAGAGAAUGACCUUGAAGACUGCAUUCAUGUUUCCCGGUAUCCUCUCCGCGAUCUUCUUUGUUCUGAAUGCUCUCAUUUGGGGAGAGCAGUCAUCUGGAGCCAUACCCUUUGGUACAAUGUUUGCUCUCUUCUGCCUCUGGUUUGGAAUCUCAGUCCCACUAGUCUUCGUCGGUAGCUAUCUUGGUUACAAGAAGCCAGCAAUCGAAGCCCCGGUCAAAACAAACAAGAUCCCGAGGCAAGUACCAGAGCAGCCAUGGUACAUGAAACCGGUGUUCUCCAUACUUAUUGGAGGCAUCCUCCCAUUUGGAGCAGUCUUCAUCGAGCUCUUCUUCAUCCUGACAUCGAUAUGGCUGAACCAGUUCUACUACAUCUUCGGGUUCCUCUUCAUAGUGUUCUUGAUCUUGAUCGUCACCUGCGCAGAGAUCACAGUGGUGCUCUGCUACUUCCAGCUCUGUAGCGAGGACUACAACUGGUGGUGGAGAGCUUACUUAACCGCAGGCUCAUCCGCUUUCUACCUCUUCCUCUACUCGAUCUUCUACUUCUUUACAAAGCUUGAGAUCACAAAGCUAGUCUCAGGCAUGCUGUACUUUGGGUACAUGAUCAUCAUCUCUUACGCUUUCUUCGUCCUAACUGGCACAAUUGGUUUCUACGCUUGCUUCUGGUUCGUGAGAAAGAUCUAUUCCUCGGUGAAGAUUGACUAG